AAGAAGCAUCAUGUGAAGUUGUCUGAAAGACCAAUAAGCAUUUCAAGUCAACUUACUUUUUGCUAAACAUAAUAUCAUCUCCACACUAACUUCUAAGCUGCUACCACUUCCUUACCCUUUUGUGUUUGUGAGAGAUCUCAGUUUGAGUGCACUUCCUUACCUUUCAUACUUUCUUGAUCUUCUGAACAUGGCUGCUGAACUUGUUGGAGGAGCUUUCCUCUCUUCUUUUCUCAAUGUUCUUUUCGACAGGCUCUCCGAUCCUGAGAUUAUCAGCUUGAUCCGAGGGAAGAAGCUUAGUGAGAAGAUGAUCCAGAGGUUCAAGGCAAUCCUGAAUGGGGCUGAGGCCUUGCUGAAUGAUGCUGAGCGCAGACAAAUCAGAGAGGGGCCAGUGAAGAUCUGGCUGGACGAUCUCAAAGAUGCUAUCUAUGAGGCUGACGACUUCUUGGAUGAAAUCACCACCAAAGCUGCAACUAAGAAGGAUCAAGGUAACUGCCUAACUCGCUUUCUGAAUUUGAAAGAUAGAAAGAGGGUUACUAGGAUGGAAGAUGUCAUUGCUAGGCUAGAGUCCAUAGUGAAUCAAAAAGAUACUCUUGGCCUGAAAGAGAUACCAAUGGAGAACAUGUCAUGGAGAACUCCAUCCACGUCUCUAGUUAAGGAGUCUGAUAUAUAUGGCAGGGAUGAAGAUAGGAAAGCCUUAGUCAAAUUGUUGUUAGAUGAUGCUAAUGAUGGUGAAGUGUCUGUGAUCCCCAUCAUUGGCAUGGGUGGGAUAGGAAAAACAACUUUGGCUCAAUUGGUUUACAAUGAUGAGCAAGUGCAGCAAAAGUUUAAUGUUAAAGCAUGGGUUUGUGUUGGUGAAGUAUUUGAUGUUCUUAAGGUGACAAAGACUGUAGUGGAGAAAGCUACUUCUGCUUCUUGCAACAUGAAUGAUUUAGAUUCAUUUCAACAACGUUUGAGGACUGAGGUAACAGGGAAGAGGUUUUUGGUUGUUCUGGAUGACAUGUGGACCAAUCAUUAUGAUGAUUGGAAAACUUUUCUAGGUCCCUUCCAAUGUGGAAGUCAGGGAGGAAAGAUUCUUGUCACAACCCGCAUUGAUACCGUUGCUUCUAUGGUGAAAACAAUUCCAGCUCACAAUUUGAGUUUGUUGGAUGAUGAACAAUGUUGGUCGGUGUUUGCAAAUCAUGCAUUUUUUCCUACUGAAUCCCGAGAUCGUUUGGCUUUUGAAAAAGUUGGUAGAAAAAUUGUUGAGAAGUGCAAAGGACUGCCUUUGGCUGCUCAAUCACUUGGUGGCUUGCUAAGAACCAAGGAUAACAUAGCGGACUGGGAAGAUGUUUUGACGAGUGAGAUUUGGGAGUUUUCGGAAGAUGAGUGUAGGAUUCUUCCUGCAUUAAGAAUCAGCUAUCACUACCUCCCCUCAUAUUUAAAACGUUGCUUUGUUUAUUGUUCUUUGUAUCCUAAGGACUACGCAUUUGACAAAGACGAAUUAGUGUUAUUAUGGAUGGCGGAAGAUCUUUUGCAACAACCAAAAAGUGGAAGCAUUUUAGAAGAAGUUGGAUAUAAAUACUUCAAUGAUUUAGCUGCACGAUCAUUCUUUCAACCUUCAAAGAAUGGUUAUGAAUAUUCAUUUGUGAUGCACGAUCUCAUGCAUGAUCUAGCGACAUUUUAUGGUGAAAAGUUCUUUGUUAGAAUAUCUGAACACGAGAAUGUAGCCCAACAUGAUACUAAAACUCGUCAUUUGUCAUAUGAUGUCAACGACAAUCAUUCGGUCCCGAAGAUGUUGGAAGCAUGUGAGAGUUUAAGUCAUGUGAGGACCCUGUUUCAAAUCAAGGCAGAUUUAUACGGAUACAGAGAGGGAAUUGAUCCUUGUGGCUUACUAGCACAGUUGAAGCGCUUACGCGUUUUGUCAUUUACAUCAUUUAAAAUUGAUAUAUUGCCUGAUUCAAUUGGUGAAUUGAUCCACUUGCGUUAUUUGAAUCUCUCUAACACACUUGUCGUGACAUUGCCCAAGUCCUUGAAUAAUUUGUACAAUUUACAAACAUUGAAGUUGAGAAGAUGUGAAAAACUUAAAAAGCUUCCCUCCAAGAUGCAAAAUCUUGUGAAUCUGCGUCAUCUUGAUAUUUUCAAAACUGAUUUAAAAAAGAUGCCAAAAAAGAUGAGCAAAUUAAAAGAUUUGCAAUUUUUAAGUGACUAUAUUGCGGGCAAACAUGAAGAGAAUGGGAUUGGAGAAUUGGGAGAACUAGCACAUCUCCAUGGGUCUUUGUAUAUUGAUAAGUUAGAGAAUGUUAAGAAUAGUGAUGAAGCAUCGAAUGCAAAGAUGGAUGAAAAAAUACAACUGAAUGCUUUAUAUUUGUGGUGGUCAUCAUUUGAAGAAAGUGAGGUUUGUGAUUCCCAAAAUGAAAAAGAUGUACUUGACAAAUUACGUCCUCACAAAGACUUGAAGAUGCUAUCCAUCAGGUGUUACAGAGGUACCAUGUUUCCGGAUUGGGUAGGGCAGUCUUCGUUUCACAACAUGACUGUGUUGAAGCUGUCGCAAUGCCGGAAUUGUUGGGCGGUUCCUUCACUUGGACAGUUACCCUCUCUAAUGAUUUUGAAGAUUUCAGGGUUUGAUAUGGUGAAGAAGAUUGGUGGGUCAUUCUAUAAGGGUGAUGGAACUCAUCAGCAUCAGGAGACACCCUUCCGAUCCCUUAAAAUUCUGCAAUUUCGUGAUAUGGGUUGGUGGGAGGAAUGGGAGUCAUAUGAAUGUGAUGAUGAUGAUGAUGCACCAUUUCCGAAACUUGAGACACUUGAGAUACAGAAGUGUCCUAAGUUAAGAGGAGAUUUGCCCACUUUCCUUCCGUCUUUGAAACAAAUUUACAUUUCAGGAUGCGAGGAGAUUGGUUGUUAUCUGCCAAGAGCUCCCAUCCUACGAGAAUUAAGAAUAGAUGGCAAACAGGAAGCAAGAAUGCGGGACCUACCACUUUCCAUGUUGGAGAAAUUAAUAAUUAAUGGAGAGCAGCUUGUGAAUUCUCUGUUUGAGGCCAUGACCCACACCCAACCAACCUCUCUCAGUUAUUUAAGGAUCUCAGAGUGCUCAUCAGCCAUAUCAUUUCCAGGGGAUUCUUUGCCCCCUUCAUUGGAAUACCUGUACAUCUUUGAUUGCAAGAAUGUAGAAUUCCCAAUGCAACACCAACAACAUGAGGCACUAAGGAGUCUUACAAUAAACAACAGCUGUGAUUCGCUUACAUCCUUCGCAUUCCCAGCCUUCCCAAAUCUCAACUAUCUCGCAAUUGAAAGAUGUGAAAAUUUGACAUCUCUGGAGCUGUCACAGUCACAGUCCCUCCGAUAUUUAUGGGUUGAAGUAUGCCCUAAGCUGGAGAACAUAAUAGGACUGCCUGCCUCUUUGUGGGAACUCUACAUCAGGAAAUGUCCGUUGUUGGGUGAAGGCAUAGAGAGGAAGGACCCCCACAUUUGGCCAUCCAUUUCCCACAUCCCCAGUAUUUAUGUUGAUGGGAAAUGGAUUCUCAAUGAGUCAACAUCUUAAAAGAGGGACAUUUAAUGAUUCGUCUGGGACUUAUCAAUUUAAUGCAGUUCGGUUGUGCACCUCCAUUCUUCUACUUGUCUUACACCCAAAUGGAAGGCCUUUCAUUACCUUUCUUGGUGUUGCUCCUGCUUGCUUCCCCGUGCCCUUUGUUGGAUUUGCAAGAAACAAAUUGAAGCCAAGUUGGAGUAAGCUCAAUUUGGAGAGCAAGGGAACCUGGUCAAGAAUGAUUUCACGAGGUGUGGUCUUUGCAUCAAUAUGAAAGCUGAAUUCAUGGAAGACACCAUCCUCAUACAAAAUCAAAAGAAGAAGUAGAUGAUGUAGAACAGAAUUUCGCUAAAACCGAUAGAUCAAUCAAAAUGCACAAGAGCACCUUUAAUGAUAAGGAUACAGUUGGAGCAGCAUGUCAAAAAUAGGCAGAAAGUGUACAAAGAAAAAAGGAAGGAAAAACUUAGUUAUAUAUUUUGACUGAUAUUGUGCAAUUAUCUUUUUUCUCUUAAGAGUUUUCAUGUCUCAUCAUUUCAUUCUAUUUUAGGAUAGCUGAUAUGACUUAUUCUAUUUAUAAGAAAGAGAGAGCUUAGAAAGUGAGUAUCAAUUUCUGUCAUGAGAAAGGCAAAAAAGCUUGGAUGUGAGAACAUCAAGAAAAAGCCAUGAGUGACAUUUGAGAAAUUUGUGUCUGUAUUUGGCUUGAAUUGGUCUUUGUAACUUGAAUUUGUUUAUAGUGCAAAGUUCUACCAU